UACUGUUACACCACUGACAUUUAAAAGAAAUCCAUUGGCCCUUUUACGUGUGUGAAUUUGUGUCCGGUUUGCCUUCCAUAAUGCGUUUGAUUUGCAUAAUAAUGAACCCAUCCAGACAUUCAAAUCAAAUCCACCAAGGCCUUUAAGUUCAAACCGCCAACAUCAAAUAAAUCAAUGAUCAAAAUUCAAACAAAAAUUACCUGUUUGAAUUUGUAACAGAUUUAUUGAAACAUUAUCAACGACCUUAUUUCUUUGUUUUUUUUUUCUCCUACUCUGAAAAUCCCGUUCGAGAUUUGAAUGUCAGGAUCAAGGACGACAAUCCCAAAAACCGAUUGCGCCUUGUUUUUUGUUUCUCUUCUCCUUCUUUAUUUAUUUAACACCCCGCGCUCCUCCCCGUCUUCUGAAAUCAGUCACGUUCACUACGUCCGUCCCUUGUAUAUUUGUAUCUCACGCGCGCGCAAACAGAAACAAAAAAAGUUCAGACGGGCGGAUGACCGGGUGUCGUCAUGACAACCCGAUAAAAAAAAAAAACGGCUCCACGUGCGGCACACUUGGAUAUAUUUUCUUCUUCUUCUUCUUUUUACUCUUAUUAUUUUUAAUAUUAUAUUUGCGGGUGGGGGAAUCUUGAUGUGCGUAUGUUCGUCGUUAUAACGAGGCAAGAAAGAAAAACAAAACAAAAAAUGAAGGAGCAAAAUGAUAACGCGUGCGAAACGAUUCGGAUGUGGGGCGUCGACAAAGACACAACAACCCCCGGGAGUGACGGAGUGGAGGAAGAUUAUAGACGGGGUCCAAGGAAGGGCUCUUGGACCCACAGCAAGAGUCUUCGUUGUGUGUGGGCGGGUUUCAUUUUUGUCUGACGGAGAGAAUAAGGGAAGGGGAAACUAAACAAAAAUAAAUAAAAAAAAAAAACAAAUGAAAGAAGAAAAAAACAAAAGAAUCUUCCACGUGUCGUGACAAGUUUCUUUUUUUUUUUUCAGUCUACGAUAAGCUCCUUAACAACGGGACUUGUAUCACAGAAAGAAAAAUGAGAAGACGUGCGACACACAGCUGUUUACACAUACGAAGACGAGGAGUAUGGGAGAUGUUACAGGGAGAGGGGUUUUAAAAAAAAUAGAUGGAGGUUAAAUAAAUAGCGGACAUUUCAAUUUCAAUUUUAUUUUUAAAAAAGUAUUAAUUUUAAAAAUUGAAUUGAAUUUGUUUUUUUAAUUUUGGCGCGGAAAAGCAGAAAUUUGAAUGAAACUUGAUUUUACAAGGCAAAUUUGUUUUCAAUGAAUCACGGGCACUGUUGUUUAGAAUUGGCUCGACAGCCAAAUAAUUUCACGCCAAAAACAAAUCACUUGUCUUUUUUAAGAAAAAAAAUAUAUAAAAAUAAAAUUAUGUGGCUAUUUUUAGGGCUAUCUUUGUCUGGAAAGAGACUCUCUUUUAUGCUGUCUGACUCUUUCGCACAAAUGAGUUUCUCAGUUCUUUUUGUUUUCUCCCUUCGGUUCGCAAGAGCGCAAAAACAAUUCCCCAUUUUUUUGGUUUUUUUUUUUUUUUUGUUUGCCCUCUACCACAAUUUUAAAAAUAGCAAUUUCUUAAAAACUUUUGUUGUUUUUCUUGGAGAUCGGCAAAAAAAAAAGAAGAAUCCCAACAGUUCAGCCAAACUCAUUUGUUUUUCGGUAUUUUUUGGUUGAGAGCAAAGUGCCAAGUUUUACAUAUAAAAACGAGAAAAGAAAAAAGAAAAAAUGCAGCAGAGAAUAAGAUAUAUUACUGAGAAAUGUUAUUCAAAUGACCCCAUUUUGCGUAUUUGCCAUUUUAAAAAAAAACAUUCAAAAAAAGGUGGAAUAGAAACAAAUUUCAAACAAAAAAUGGGAAACAUUGUGACAAUAAUUCACCCGUUCAAUCCCUGAAAGAAAAAAAAAAUUGGGGAUGUCCCAAGGAUUCAUUAACUGAAGGGUGGAGAAAGAAUCAUUAAAAACAAGAGGGGAAUUUUAUGCUCUCAAUUGUGACUCUUUGCUAUGCGACAUGGCGAAUUUGCAGAGAGUCGGAGGUCGUUCGCCCCAAACGCAAAAUUCAAACUCGAAAACAAAACUUGUGCUUCAAUCAACGAUAAUUAAAGAAAAAUGCCAAUCCAUCAACCGAAAUUUUUUAAAGAAAAACAAAAAAAAAUAGAGUGGCCUAUUAGCGACUGGACUUUGGUUGACAAGCAGAAUUUUUUAGUUCAAAUGAUGAACGACUACAACUCGUGUGUAACGUACACAGGAAUGUUGCCAAAUUGUCGCUUUAAAAAUGUGCAACAAAAAUGGAAUGAGGAAACGGCUCGAUGGGGUCAUAGGUCGUCAAGGGCCUCAGCCAAGUCCGAGAAGGUCCAGGGGAGGAAGCAGGAAGAACGGGGCUCGUGCUCGUCUUUGUGACAAGGCACGGACCAAAAGAAGGAAAGAAAUUUUUUAUUUUGUCCCCCCCCCCUUUUUUCAAAAAUUUAUAAUAGACUGCACGCCAUCUGUUGACCUGUGCCAUAGGAAAGAAAAAAGAAAGGGGCGAGGGGAAGGCGAAAAUUUCGCACAUCAAUGGCAAAGAUAUUUCCGGUCAUUUUCUUGUGUUUUCCUACGUUUCGCUAGUGCCGAGUGUUAUUUGAAUCUUUCCUUGAUGUAACCUCAUUUGACCCCUUUUAAAACACAUUCUUUUCUUUUUUUUCUGUGUAUACGCACAAAAAAAGAAAGAAAGAUGGACAAACGCGAGUUUCUUUUCGAUGACAAACGUACCGGAAGUUUUCGCGUCUCGAACUUGGUGUACGACAUAAACAUGCGCGAUCCAUGUGUUUUCGUCAAUAAGAACAAAUAGAAAAUGCUCCUGGACAGGAGGAGGGUCAUAAGAAAGGUUAAAUAACUCGCACACCAAAGUCUGUUUUCAAAAGGAAGUCGCUUUGAAUAUUAGCAAAUAGACCCUCGAUAAUAGACCCCGGAACAGAUAAUUCUUUGAAUUAAUAAAACAAGUUUGAAUGAAUAAUAAUUAAAAAAAAAAAACAACAAAGGAUAAUAUAGAAUAAAAAAAUGGUUGGCACGGUAACAAAAGUAUUGAUCGAUCCAAACAUUUUUCUCCUUUUAUUUGUACCCACUGAUUGACCACGCCCUUCAUACAGUCCACCAUCUUUUGCACGUGGAUCUCAUUUAAUCAAUUUACCUCAGAUUUUUUGAUUUUUUAUGAUCCAAUUGCAUUCUUUUUAUUGUGGGGUACUUGAAUCUAAGAAUCCCGUUUCGCAAUCAAAUGUAACAUGAUCAAAAAAAGCUACUUGUCUUUCCUAUUUAUUCCUAAAUAUGAUAAUACGAGGAUUACUGUUUUUUUCUUGUUAUUGUGUUGCUACAUUUUUUUUUUCCGACGUUCAUAUUGGUCGGGAGUCGACGCACGAUGCUGAUUGGUCUUUCUACUACACUAGACAAAAAAAUUAUUCUUUUGUGUCCCCUCUGUUUCGUUACAUAAAAAGAGAAGGAGCAACACACAACGAAAAAAAAAUAUAUAACCCCCCCCCACCCCACCCACCAAAAACAAAAUAGAGCGAGAAGGCGGGGGUGGUGUCGGGAGGUGGGGGGGGGGGGAGAGAAACAUAGAUACACACUCAUAUAUAUAUAUAGGAAGCGAUUAUUGGUUGGGCAAAGAAAAAUGGCGUCCAACGAUGGCCGCUCUACUUGUGUGUGUACGUAACCCCAGCGACGCUUUAUAUUAUUUUCAUUCUAGCGUCGCUUUUUCACCCUCCCCCUCUCACAGAAAAAGAAAAAAAAAGCGACACAAAAGAAAAAUAUAUGUACCAAACUGUCUGCGUGGACUUCGCAUCAGAAGCGGGGAGGGUUUUUAGAGGGUGGUGAUUCACAGCCCCAUGGACGUAUCGAAUGAUAAGCUGCCUCUCCUACACUCGUGCGUACGAAACGUAGAAAAAAGAGAAAUCAUAUAUAUAUAUAUAUAUAGAAAAUGUAAUCAUAUAUCCCCUGCCUACCCCUUCAAAAAGAAUUACAUUUAUAGAAAGGAAAGACAACGGCCAGAUAUGGUUUAACUGACCUCCUCUUACUGAUCCCUCGGUCAAAGUCUAUCGAUAGAUCCAUUUCUAUUAUGGCCGUUUUCGGAACAAUAAAGACGAGAGCCACAAGCGUUGGGCUCGUUUAUUUUUUUUUUUUACGUAACAAUUGGAAGCCAAUUUCAAAUCAAACGACAAAAUCUGGGAUGAUUUAGAGUGAAGAGGGUUUUUUUUAUUGCGUUGGAAAUAGACACGUGUCCUGGUUAGCGUUCAACAUUUAAAAAAAAAAUGGACAGAUCCUAUGCGUUAGAAUUUUCAAUAGAAAAAAAAAAGACUGGUGGUACAUGGGGGGGGUUACAAAGUCAACUGUCGGUAUUCAACAUCUUAUGAAAAAAAAAAGGGGAAGAAAAUUCUAUUGUCCUCGCCUUUGGUUUGGAAGAGUUGCGACGGACAAGAAAUAAAAAAAGUCGAGACAUUGUUAAGACAGGGCCAGGUGUGAGGUCAUUGGUACAAAAGAUAAAAAGAAUUUAAAGGAAGAGAAAAAGGUGUUGCGUAUGAAACCGCUAAACUAUCGGAUAUCCCCUUUAUGUAAAAACGUGUUUUCUUUUGAAGGAUGUUGUACGGAAAAAAAUCGUAAAUCCAUAAGAAAAAAAAAAAGGGCGCCAAUGUACCAAGAAUUUUGAAAAACAAUUUCAUCAUUUGUUUUCUUUAUGAUCGAAUUUUUUUUUUUAAGAAGCUAUUUAAAGAUAUUGGGCCCCAGCAAAAAAAAGAGGGGACUUCCCCGAGGUGGGAGGAGUGACGUUUCGAGAUGGGGGUUGUUUUUCACGUUUAAAAAAUUUUUUUUUUCGGGGAUAUAGCGAAAAAGAAAAAAAUGUUUUCUCGCAAGAGGGGAGAGAGCCGACGAGGGUCGGAUAAGGUCGUCAGUUGCAACUCGGACGGAAGCCAUUGAGGAUCGCCAACUUCCCACCCUGACUGUGCACUGGCUAGUGUGUUAAGUGUUGGUUAUCAAAUCAAGACAUCUUCAAAAGUUACAAUUCCAUUCGAUUUUAGGGAAAAGGUCCAUUUCAAAUUUUGGCGGAUGAUUUAAAACAACAAUUCAAAUCGCAACUUCAAUUCAACGUUCAAAACAUUAAAAAACAAAAAAAGGGAAUCACUAUGAGCUCAACUUGUAGUGUUCCAGCAACAGUGAAUCGCGCAUUGCAACCUCAUCCAGCUGCAAUUCCAGCAUCCGACAACCGCGCUCCGAAACAGACUGACGGCACUCAUUCGAUUGGAAACGGCGGCAUCAGCUACGAGGGCCGUUUGAGUCUACUCGAUCCGGCGGCAGCCGUUGCUCUCAACCCAUCGGCAAUGGAUUUCGAUCAGGCCGUCGUUUUGCGCCGGAUCAAGGCAGAGUGCGACAUGUUGGAUUUUCAAUCCAUCCACCAUCACAAAGACAAUUUCAUGGGCGUCGACGUGACGGCCCUGCCCCUUUACUCGGACGGAUUCAGUCCGAACCAUCCGGCAAACGGAUCCACUGCCGGAGGAUUUCCAUCCGUCGACGGAGUUCGUACCGAACAAUCAGCCGCUGAUGGCAGCAUCAUCAAGAUCCCCGAAUAUCCAUCCACACCCGUGCGGCAGCAAUCGACAACCAACGGAAUGAUGAUUGACCCUUCCGGAAGCAACACCAGACAUCAAAACGAUUCUGGCAUUUCACCCGGAUCGACCGGAGCAGCCGGAUCAACUAAUUCCAGUAACGACGACACGAAAAAACGAAACGGAAAUUCGGAGAGUUGCGGAGAAGAUCCGACAGCCGGAAGCGCCGCUUCCGGAUCGCCCUACAGCGACCAUUAUUCCGGAGACGAGCGUCGCAUGCUCCUGACCCCGACGGAAGAAGACGACGACGAUAUGAUGGAGGACGGAGCCGAUGAUGACGACGACGAUGAGCUCCUCGACGAAGAGGGUAGUAGCCACGGAACAAGCUCCGAUGUCGUUGGUGAUGCCCUCUCUCGUCUCGAACGCGCACUAAUGACCCAAACAGGCGGAAACGGAGCCAUGACGGAAGGAUCAUCCGUACCGGGUGGUUCCGUCUAUCAAUGCAACAUGUGCUCCUACUCCGCCACAUCGCGAUUCCAUUUCCAGGCUCAUCUAAACAGCCAUUUCGAUGUCAAGUGCACGUAUUGCGAUUUCACGGCCCGUACGGAAGGAAAAUUAAGAGCCCACAUCCGAAACGCCCAUUCCGAUGUCGCAGGACUGGACGAUGAAAUGGGAAAUUCUCGAGUGGCCAGGGUGACGACCCAGGGCAAAUUGAAAACGCACAAAUGCAAACAUCCGCAGUGCGGAUUCGUCGGCGUAAGUAAACUCGAUUUUUGGGAGCACACGAGGACGCACAUCAAGGCCGAAAAGCUGCUCACCUGCCCGCACUGCCCGUUCGUCACCGAAUACAAACAUCAUCUCGAAUAUCACACUCGCAAUCAUCUCAAUUCCAAACCGUUCAAGUGUCCAAAGUGCAGCUACUCGUGCGUCAACAAAUCCAUGCUCAACUCGCACAUGAAAUCUCAUUCAAACGUUUACCAGUUCCGAUGCCAGGAUUGCGCUUACGCCACGAAAUACCAGCACAGUUUGAAGCUCCAUCUACGCAAAUACGGUCACACUUCGACAUCCAAACUGAGCGACAUGGGCCCCAUGGAUGGAUGCGAAAUGGAAGUGCGCAAACCUAAAGGUCGUCGCAGUGCAAAGAAGCCCCGCCAACCGAAAAACAGCCAGCGCAACACCGACGCCAUGACACCAAACUCCGUCGCAACCUCCGUUCAAAGCAACGAUCCACCCGGAUUUCAUUCAAACCCUCCCGUUACUGGAAACUCACCUUCAAUAGCCCUGCAGGCAUUUAAUUUCCCAAUGUACCCCGGAGCGCACCAUCCGCAUUUGAACCAACAACAACCCGCCCCAACCGACCAGGAAAAGAAGAUCCGCAAUUCUACGACGGAAGAAAUCAAAUGCGGAAUGUGCGACUACUCCACAUCAAACAAGGAUCACUUCUCGCAGCAUUUACUGGCCCACGCCGCCGCGGCCGACCAGCAUCACAGAGAGCUGGCCAAUUUAUUCGGAGUCAUUCCGGCGGACAUGCUCAAUUCUCCACCCAACCCGCAAUCCAAUCAGAUUCAUCAGCAAUCGGUGACUCCGCUCAAAGGAUCGUCCAGCACACCCCAACAGCACCAUAUGAAAGAUUAUUUCAGCUGGAUGCUGGCCAAUCCGACCCUCUUGUUCGGGACGCCAACGGCGCCUGUCGGCCAGCACCAACAGUUGACGGAACGCAAAAAAUCGUCGGACACGAGCCGGACUCCCACGCCGGAAGUACCUAAACCUACUCCUACUCCUACACCUCCAGCGCCUAGCGCGCCAUCUGUUAGACCCAAUCAGACACCGCUAGAUUUAAGCCGCGAAAAAGACGAAUUACUUCCGGCAUCCGGCGGGGCUACUAAUAAACACAGACGCAAAGGACAGGCUUUCAAACUGGAACGUGCCGUCGCCGCUGCGGCAUCAUCUCCACGCCAAAUUGCGGCGCAAUCGCCAUCCGCCGCAAUGUCGGGCCAACCGCGUGAGUCGGAAGACGACGAUAUGGAAGAAGAAGCGGAAGACGAGGAAGAAGAGGAAGAUGAGGAACGCGGAAAAUUAGAAGAACACUACACGGAACAAGAGGGCAAAGCGGGAUCGCCAUUGUGGCGUCCGGCAUCAAACAGGAAAGAAAUCCGCAAACAGCGCAAUUCGAAAUGCCUUCCGGGCGGAGGUGAAUGGGGAGGCGCCUAUCAAUGCUCCUAUUGCGACAUUGCUUUCAAAGACGUUGUUAUGUACACGAUGCACAUGGGAUACCACGGAUUCCAAGAUCCGUUCACGUGCAACAUGUGCGGUCAGUCAACUCACGAUAAAUUGGCCUUCUUUCUUCACAUUGCCCGCUCUUCGCACAGCUAGAAAACAAUUGACUAGACAACAACUAGCGACGCUACUGGCGUACUGUCCAUUCUUCUAAGUCAUCCGCACAUGUUUCUUCAAAAUGAGUCCAAUCUCCAGACCCAACCCACCCUAUUAGAGACAAACAGAUCAAAAGAGAGUUAAAUCAAAAACAAAUUUAGAAUGUAUUUUUUUUUCUUUCGAAAUGUGAUUAAUUUGAAAUGCCACUUCAUUAGCUGUAGUUAAAUAUCCGUCGCCCCUAGUCAGACGUACCCCCUUAUUUUAAAAAUGUCUAUUUCUAUUAUUCAAGUGUCCCUUUUAAAUCAUUUCAAUAUUUGAGGAAAUGUCAAUCUCCAACA